AUGGAGGUUCUGGCAGUGAAACAAAACCAGAAAAUUAGGAACGUAUCUGACGUGCCAGAGCUUACUCACCAAGGUAUCAGUAUUUCAUCAACAGAAAUAAGAGAAGGAAAAGAAGAGAGAAAAAAUCAGGAUCAAAAUCUGCAGGGAGAUUCCUCUUUACUUAUCACUGUAGGAGAAAAUGCAACCUUGAAGGUCAAAAAGAGGUUGAGAAAUUUGGCUGAGGAUUUAAAGGAGCUUUGGAACACCAAUACAAACCAAAAACGUGCCUUGGGUCUCUUGACUACUGAUUGUUCACCUCCAGAAGUAUUGAUUACAUUAGAAGAUAUUCUGGAGAAAGAAGAAGAAAAAGAAAACGAAGAAAAAGAGGUAUCAACAACAAUAAAUGACAAAGCUGCAGUAACAUUUUUCUCAAGUGAUAGUGUGCCUUUUUGCCAGGUUUCAGCAGUCACAACAGCUACUGCCAUCUCAUCAGACUUUGAGACAAGAGAAAAUAAAUUACCGUGUCAACAGACUGUAUGGAGUGUAAGUGAAUUGCGUCCACAACAAUCUAAAGAUGAAAUGCAUUUAUCUAGACUUGAACUUCUAAAACUUACUGGUGAGAAAGAGGAACUUCGUCGUCUGUUAGCUGAAUCAAAGAAUGAUAUUGAUGAUUUGAAAUAUCUAUAUGAGCAAAAGAUUCAUUUUCUUCAAGGAGAACUUAACACUUAUCAGGGUAUUUCUGUGAGACUUCACGAGCUGGAAAAUACACGUAAUAUGGAGUGUAUUUUAGCAGCAAGAAAACUUACACAAUAUGAAGAGGAGGUAACAACAUUACGAAAAUUACUUGUUUUAUCGACAGAAAAAGAAUUUUCAUUACAAUCUGAAAAGGAAGGUAUGGAAGAGAGUACCAUGUCACAAAUAAGUUCUUUGGAAGAUGCAUUAGGAACUGCAGCAAAAAUGAAUGCUGUUUUAUUGGAAAAUGCGGAAAAACGAGAUUUGGCGUAUUCUCUUGCACUAAAAGAGAUGGAAAACCUUCGAAAGAAAAUGAUGGAGGUAAGAAAUGAAACAGUACGCCAAAAGGAAAUAUACGAAGAAAAGAUUAAAAACAUGGAAAUUGAAAUACGUUCAUUACAAUAUUUUAAAGAAAAUUUCUCAGAUAUGGGUAAAGGAUUAAUUGAGCAUUCUUUGUAUGAAAGUAUGAUGAAAAGUUAUGAAGAAGAACUAAACAGGCUUCGGUCUUCUUUAAGUUAUACAAAUAACUUGGUACUUGACCUUAAACGGGAGAAUACAAUACUUUCUUCUAACCUAGAAAAAACAAAUAUAUCUAAGUGUGAUGCGUUUACUCAAUGUGCUGUUAUUACACAAUCAAAUGCCAGUGUGAAUACUUCUACAGGGUUAAAUUCUUCUGAAAGCACUUUACAAAUAAUCAAGCUGACGCGUGAGAUUGAUAAUCUUACUAGAGAGCGUGAUGAGUUGUACGAAAAGUUAGAAGCUGCAAAGCAGGCACAUAAUAUAGAAAAUGAUUUUUUAACUGGAAAAUUAAUAAAGACAGAAUCCGACCUUCAAUUGUGCCAGUCGCAAAUGAAUUCACGAAAAGAGAAAAAUAACUCACUGAUAAUGUGUGAUAAAACUACACAGGUGACAGAAUGUAUUUUAAAUACUGAUUUGACUACAAGAGAGAAACUAAUACAAGGUGAUGUUAAUGACACAGUAAAACAUGAGGCCACUCUUAUCGUUAAUCUUUCUCCUCGUUUGAAAGAAAGAAGUGGAGGUAUCGAAUUCUGUUUGCCCAGUAAAGAAUGCAAUGUAGAGUCCCAAAAUAAACUGCCUAUUGAAGAAGUAGAAGAUUCCCGAAAGUCCUUUUCUAAGAAAUUAGAAAAUCGAGAACCUCUUUAUCAUUCUCUUUGUCGAGGUCCAAAUCAUGACACUGAAGCUUGCCUUUGGUGCUCCAACAGAGUUAAUAAAUCAUUGGGUGGUACUUUUGGAAUUUCAAAUUCGCAUCAACCCCUCUCAUCGAUAAAGCGGUAA